AAAUACUCGUUAUAUAUACAGCAGAAUGGCCACUUCACAAUUACUUCCGUUAGAGCUGGUGGAUAAGUGCGUGGGUUCAAGGAUCUGGGUUGUCAUGAAGACCGAGCGAGAAUUUAGUGGUACUUUGAUUGGUUUUGACGACUUUGUCAACAUGGUGCUUUCGGACGUUACCGAGUACGAUGCCAUGGGCAACCAGACGCAUCUCUCAAAAAUCCUCUUGAACGGAAACAACAUAUGCAUGCUGAUCCCAGGAGGUGAACCGACCGGAGACGCGAAUGGUGCCGCGGAAGAGUAAACUAUUGCUGGGUGUGAACGCGACAGUGUAUUAUAUGGAAAUCUUGAUCUUUUUAUCUGUACGAUAGAGCGAGUUUUACGACUGAGAAAAUCGCUACUAUAUUUAUAUAUUCAUCCCAAACCCAUCUUUCUCUUUCUA